GAUAUGGUAUCGUAUCGAAAUUCGUGUCCCUAUCGUUUUCUGAAAUGGUGUCACUUUGACUUUAGUUGUCAAAAUAAAUUUUUAUAACUAGACGAUUUUUCAUAUACGUGCAAGUUUUAGGGACUGGAAAAUAGGUUAAAAUCGAAUUAACCGUGAUAUAUUUGGACGCUGAAUCGGAUGGAAAAUUGAAGUGCACAAACAAGAAGUGAAAAUUAUGCAAAAUCGCACCUGGGAAGAAUGUAAACAAAUACACCUGGGGUGAAUGAGAAGAAGAAGCAGGAAUAAAACGUGUAGCUAUUUUUGCGCUUAUGUGUUGGAAUUUUUGCUAUUAGGCGCGUUUCAGCAGCGGCUGGAGCUGAAAAAAUAAUUUAAUAUAAUAAUUUAGCGCAGAACCAAGUAAAAAUAAAACAAAUAAACUUAGAUAUACAUCUUUCCAGUUUAGCGUACACGUUCUUGGUUGGUUUUGGUGACUCGGUGCGUGAAAUAGUAGUUUUGUUAACCUUGUAACUGCAUUACAAUAGAAUACGAUUACAAAUGUGGUUUCGUUAGAGCUUUUUUUUAUAUUUGAACCAAAUUUGUCUUUGUAAACACGAAGGGCAAACAAUAUUAAUGCUUGGUGAAAAACGGUGACGAGAAGCAGUAGAAAUUGUUUUAGAUUGUCCGAAAAUGAGCUCUCCCAUCGUUACUCGUCGUGGUGCGCAAAAAGCUAAAAUACAAACUCGAGCAAUGGUCAAAUCUGCAGUCACAGCUAGCAAGCCGAGCGCAGCGCUACUUGAAGCUAAACGCAAAGCAAAAUUACUUAAAAUGGAAGAGCAAAACCAACAGGAUCAAGUUGUGAAAGAUAUUUUCCAAAAUGCUGUAAGCGCUAAAUCAAUUGUACAAAUGCCAACUGGCAUUGUUUACGAUGAGUCUAUGGCACAGCAUCGCUGCCUUUGGGAUGAUAAUCAUCCAGAAAGGCCAGAACGAUUCGUUCGAGUACUGGAGAGAUGCAAAGAACUGCAACUAAUUGACCAGUGUAAGAAAAUUCCUUCACGCCGUGCUACAAAAGACGAAGUACUUCUACUGCAUAGCUCCGACCACUAUGAACUUCUACAGCAGACUUCGGGUGUGCAAGAUGAAACGGCAAUGGAAGAUCUGAGCUCGAAAUUCGAUUCAAUUUACUUACAUCCGUCCACAUUUGAAUUGUCUCUAUUGGCCACAGGUUGCACCAUUGAUUUAAUUGAGAACAUAAUUUCCGGUAAUGUGCAGAAUGGCAUAGCUAUUAUUCGACCACCGGGUCAUCAUGCGAUGAAAGCUGAAUUCAAUGGUUACUGUUUCUUCAACAAUGUGGCAAUUGCAACGCAAUACGCUUUGGACAUUUUGAAGUUAAGUAAAAUAAUGAUUGUGGAUUGGGACAUACAUCACGGACAAGGCACACAGCGUUUCUUCUACAAUGAUCCUAGGGUUCUUUACUUUUCCAUUCAUCGCUUUGAACAUGGCACCUUCUGGCCUAAUCUUAAGGAAUCGGAUUUUGAUGCCAUCGGCUACGCCAACGGCAUGGGUUACAAUUUUAAUGUACCAUUGAAUAAAACUAAAAUGGGCAAUGGCGAUUACUUGGCCAUUUUCCAACAAUUAUUAAUACCCGUGGCCAUAGAAUAUCAACCAGAAUUGAUUAUUAUAUCGGCGGGUUAUGAUGCAGCCUUGGGUUGUCCCGAAGGCGAAAUGGAGGUCACACCCGCAUUCUAUGCUCAUAUGCUGAAUUCUGUAAUGAAGUUAGCUCAAUCACGUGUCGCCGUCGUCUUGGAAGGCGGCUACUGCCUUGAUUCGUUAUCGGAGGGUGCAGCACUCACGCUGCGUACAUUGCUGGGUGGCACCUGCCCUACACUGGUGGAGAAGUUGGAGCCACCAAGCGAAGUUAUACAAGACACAAUACUCAAUUGCAUUUAUGCGCACCGUACAUACUGGCGUUGUCUGCAAAUUCAGCCAGUAUAUACCAUGGAGGAGCUGAAUAAUGUGAAUCCCCAGCCAAAGUUGCACAAAGUUGGUCGACUAUUCAUUGGCGGCAAACCUCUGCCAGAGCGUUUCCCAACCAGAGGCACAGCGCCGGUAACACAACCCGAAGUUGUGGCACAAAAUGAGAAACGUUUAAGAUUUCUUAAAAAUGAAACCAAAUUGUUGGCACCGAAAAUACGCGUAUGCUACGUCUACGAUGAGCUUAUGCUNAAAGCUUUGCAAAGUAACGAAAUGUUCGCCGUUGUUCCAUUAAAAACAUGUCCUCAUUUAAAACAAUUGCGCCCUGAGGAGGCGCCGAAAACCAUAGAUAUCAAUGCCCCAUGCGAAGAAUGCUCAUCAACGACCGAGAAUUGGAUAUGUUUGAGCUGUUACAAAAUACUUUGCGGUCGUUAUGUUAUGGAACAUAUGCUUUUGCACAGCAUCGAAACAGCACAUCCCAUGGCACUUAGCUUCAGUGAUUUGUCCGUUUGGUGCUAUCCUUGCGAGGCAUAUAUUGAUAAUAGUAAAUUGCAUAUAUAUAAAAAUCUACUACAUCUACAUAAGUUCGGCGAGGAUAUGGCAUGGUCGUAUCCAGCAAAAUUUAGCAAUAGUAACCACGAUGAUGACGACGAAGAUUAUGAUGAAGACGAUGAGUUUGAUGCAAAUACAUUUACCAUUCAGCUUGACCACAGCAACUGACAGUGUCUGUUGUUACUGUUGAAGACAGUGCAAAAUUAUUUAUGUACUUCAUUUCCACCAUUGCGACAUGUUUUCCAUUUUAUUACCCAGUAUCUUUGGCCGUUGAUUUAUCGCCUUUACUUUAAAUUGAUGUAUUACUUUUUAUCAAGUUGAUGAUUUAUAUAUUAGUUGUAAACAUAUGUAAAUCCACUUGUAUUGACUACAAGGACUUGAAUGGUCUAUAAGUUUUUAUUAACAAAACAAAAUUAUACAACUAACCAAAGACUUGGCAACAGAAAUUAAAUCAAAUCACAUAAACAAAUGCACUAUUUGUAUUGUGAGCUGGCUAGUUUAAGUAUGGCUCUGAAGAAUGUUGGCUGAAAAAUAUGAAUGUAUAUGCGUCUGCAAUACCAAUUUCAUUGUUAACUAAUGCAACUAACUUUUUCGAAAUUUUAGUUAAGUUGUUAAGAGAAUUUCAUAAAACUCAAACUACUAUAUUAUUACACUAUUAUAACGUAAUGUUUAAUUUUUAUUUACAAACAAAAUAGUUGAUUAAUUUACCUUAUACAUACCUGCAAAUAUAUAUUCUUAACUAAACAAAUUGGGAUAUACACAUGUUCAUACGUACGCGUGUAUAUACAUAUCGUCGUUUAAA